AUGGCGUACCAGUUCCUUAAGUCGGCAUUAGUUAAAGUAACAUAUUUGGACUAUAAAAUCAUCACUGAAGAAGAAAGAGAAAAUGGAAGAGCACUUUUUAGAGGGUUAUUGCGGAAAUUAGACGAGUCCGAUGAGAAAGCGGAAAAAGAGAGGUUGGCAAAAGAAGAAUACGAAGCAAAGGUUGAGUUUUACGCGCUGUCCUUCGUGGAGUAUUUGAGCGGGCCAGAACUGUUCGAGUCUAUGUUUGAAAAGGACCCCGAUGGAUCACUACUGCUUAAGAUAGGCGGAGAACUGACGAAUUUUUAUGAGCAGUAUAAGGAGCAGUAUGUUGAAACCAUGGCUGGUCUAGUCGAGUACGCCCAACAGGCCUACAACGAGAGGCAGUUCGAAAUAAAGCUGUUCAAAGAUCUAGUAGAUAACGCACUGGAAGUCAGUGUUAAUAAAAGUAAAGAUGUAGUGAAACGAUUCGAGGAGAAGAAAGUGCGAUUCGUCAACCAGAUGAACGAGCUCAUAGCGAAGUUUACGGCGAAGCAAGCAACACUGGAGGAACUAGAACCGAACGUUUUGGACCUUGGGGAAUCCUUCAACGACGCGUUGUUCGAGCUUUGGAAGAAUCUAAUGACUAUAGAAAUGCAAUUGUAUGAACAGUGCGAGGAGUCGCGUACUCAGUUCGCGGUGAACCUGACGGAGAUGAUAAACAAGUUGCUGGAGGUGUCGCGCGGCGCGUUCGGCUCCUGGCGCGAGAGCGAGGUGGUGUGGUCUAGCAAACAGAGCGACGCCCUCUCCAAACUGGUCGGCAACAAGGUGUUGCUUGGUGACGCGCCGCCGGAGCUGUUCGAGGUCAUGAUGGAACGCGACGCGAUGAUGAAUCUCGUUGCGCAGUCGUCGGACAACCACAUGCGCUUUAUCGACGCACGCGAAGAUCUUCUUACGACGCGCGCCACCAAUUGGCGAGAUCAGCUCGUAUCCGGGACUAAUGAUAAUGAAAUCAAACGAAACAGAGAUAGAAUAUUAGAAAUUAAUUACUUCAUCGACAAUCAAAGAGAAGCCUGGGCGGAUAUGCAAAUGAAUAUGUCAGAGGCCGUUGACCCCGAGGCAGCUGCUCUGCUUUGCGAAGACUAU